GCUUCCUGCAGACAUUCCUCCACAAGAGCUAACAGGUCACCUGAAGGAAUGUUUGCCUGUUCAUCCAGGAUGGCUCGCGUCAUUGUUCAUCUCACCCAAGACCAAAUCCAUUUAGUGAAGCCAUAGCUGAUAGAACAACAGCAUGUCACUCCACAGCCUCGGUGUGCAAACCGUCCUUCUCAUAAGCAUCCUUUCUGUCUGCUCACCCUCAGGUGGUUCAUCCGAGAGAAGACUUCACAGGAUCCUCAUGAAUCAAGAUGCAAAUGAGCUGGAAGCCAGGCCUAAAUCACAGAUCGCAGUGUCGCAGUCCAAGGCUAAACAGUUUCUAUCAGCUCUUCACAGGACUAAGAGAAACGUAUGGGACCGAAGCCGUCCCGAUGUCCAGCAGUGGAUCCAGCAAUUCAUGAACAUGGGCUAUGAUGAGGCAAGACUUGAGACUGAUCUUUCCUAUUGGAUGGACCAGGCCAGAUCAAAUGACCAGGGCCGGCAGCAUCAUCAUGAUGAGAAUGCACCUAUGAGCCAACAGGACCCUGGUUCCUACAGACACGGGGCCAAUGUCAAUUACGAUUACUAUUAAAACACCUCAUAAACUAUCUUGAACCUAACAUUCGCUGUGAGCAAUGUACAUACCACACAACCUAAUGUCCCUUAUAUGAUGUGUAUUUUUUUUUAAAUCAAUAAAUCACAUUUGUGUGAGAGGAAGCACAUCAAGAUUGAAUUGUAGAGAGUGGAAUGAAUGCACAUUGAAUACAUUUUUUUUCUUGUUUGCAUGCUUGAUUGCAUUACAUCCUGACUGUGUUGUAAAUAUAAUGGAAGUUUGAAGUGGCUACAUCUUGAAUAAAACUUCAAUGAGGUGACAGCCAA